UAAUGUGUUUUAAAAAAUGGGACAAAAUCAAAGUUUUGAUAUAAUUCCUGACACAGUCGAAACAGUUAAAGAUGAAAUUAAAAGGAACGCUAAACUUUUCAAUGAAAUAUCUUCAAUGUCGUAUGACGAUUUCCUAAAAUCCCUUCGAGAACUCAACGCACUAUCAAAUAAAUGCUUGGAUUCCAAUACACAACUAGUCUUUGUCGUGAAAAAAGGUACAGACUCAACCGUUUUGUGGAAAGGCACUGUCAGAAUAGCUUGUGCAAAGAUUGACAUCGAGACCAAAAAAGUUUUAUCAUACAAACUUUUCAAUUUGCUUCAGUUCAGAAAAGUUUUCAACAUGCUACAAACCAAUUUGCAAGUUAUGAUACAAUCGAAGAAUGCUGCACAGCAAGCUGGUUCUUCACAAUCAAGCCACGAUAUUACCACAUCCUUGCUAUAUGAUAAAAUAAAUUGUGUACACGACGAUUACGAGAAACUUGGAGAAAAUUUAAACGAAUGCUGUAUUUGUUUAGAAAGAAAAUCAGAAGUUAUGCUACCGUGUGCUCACAGCUACUGCCUGCCUUGUAUAGAGCAAUGGAAUGUUAAUAAUAAAACAUGUCCCCUUUGUCGUGAAACACUACAAAGCACAGAAGACACUUGGGUUAUAUCAGAAAUGCCAGAAGCUGAUGAAAUUAACGAAGAAAUAAAAUCUGCUCUAUUAUCGUUGUCACAGGAUACUGUUGAAUAAUUA